AUGUUCUUCUUCGCGAGCACCUCGAUGAUUUCGGCGCUGCUCGCCGUGCUCAACUUCACUGUCGUCACACCUUAUCCAAGUCAUGUUAUCAUCAGUGAGUUUCGCACUUCUUCAUGGGCAACAAUGACGAUUCAGAAUCGUUCGGGAACAAUGAAGAAGUGUCGAGGAUUGCGCUGAAAGCGAUGGAGUACACUUCGGAUAAUAUCAACUCUCGCGACGAUGCGCCUUUCAAGUUCGUUCAACACUUAUGAUUACUGUAGCCCAUGUCCCUAAGCUUGCUGUUUUCCCCUUUAUUGUACUGAGCAUGCUCACAAAUAUGCUUCAACCAAUCAGCUCUUCCAGAUUGGCCUUCGAUCACCGGGUAGUGGAAGAAGGAGCUGCAGUCUCGUGGAACAUGGUCAAUGCCGUGUGCGAUGAGCUCAAAGAAGGAGCAAUGACUCUAUUGAGCUCCGUCGACGGAAAGGGAAGAGAAGGUCUUCGAGGGGUGUCCGAUGCGCUCGAAAUGCCGCUGAUCUCGCUGUCUGCGCCGACGAACGACGAGCCCCAAUUCAGUAACCUAUUCGAGCUGUCCGUGCGGCCUCCGAUCAGCGAGCUUCUCGCUGACUUCAUUGUUCACAAGGGAUGGACGGAAGUAGUCGUGAUGAUCGAUCCGCAGCACGGUAGGGCAUUCAUUGUUCCUUGACCCCUGAAACAGAUCUGUUCAGCUAGCCUCCAUCUCCCUUCACUUUGGCGUCAUCUCCGAUCACGAACGAACACCUCUAUCAAAGCGUCCAUGUUCGAUCUUCCGGCCGAUGAGACUCAAUUCGAAUCCUAUCUAAUGCAGUUCAACUUGUUGAGAAACAAUGAAACAAACCGGUUAUUAUCAUUCAGAAAAAGAGUACAAUCGUGCAUUUCAUUUCAGAAUCCUCAUAGAUUGUGCCUCUCCGAAGCGUCUCAAAAAGUUGUUGAUCUCAAUCCGAUCGGCCCAAUUCAAUCAAGUCAACUUUCAUUACGUUCUUGCCAAUUAUGUAAGUGGAGACCUCAUUUUCUUAUUCCAAGUCCGAAUCUUUUCAGGACUUUCUGCCCUACGACCAAGAAAUGUUCCAAAAUGGCAACAUAAACAUCUCGGGCUUCAAUAUCAUCAACAAAGACGGAAGGGAGUACUGGUCGCUCAAGAAACAUCUGAAAACGUCGGGAAGCGUUUCCGACGACGUCAGUGUGGAAGCGGCGGUAGGCCACGACGCGAUGCUCGUGACGUGGUACGGAUUCGCAAAGUGUCUGCAGGCGAAUGAUUCUCUGUUCCAUGGAACAUUCAGACAUCGACGGUUCUUCAAUCGAGGAUUCCCGGGUGAGACUGAAAAGAGUACGAAAAAGAGACUUUGAAGUUAAGGCAUCUACUGUGAUCCUCUUUCCGAUCGUUCUCAUCCGAAUCGACCGUUUUCUUCGUUCGAGCACGGAAAGACUAUCGGAAUCGCUUUUCGAAAUGUACGGAUCCAUACGCAAACCUUUUUCUAUUUAAUUGCAGAUGAAAAUCGGGGCGAAAGAAGGCACUCUGACUGGCAACAUCGAGUUCGAUCGUUUCGGAAACCGAAAGAACUUCGACGUCUCCGUUGUCGACCUGGUUUCGAAUACGAAGGCGACGUUCAAUCGGAAGGAAGUGCUGGCGUGGCGUCAGGGUGUCGGAUUCUUCACGAAUCGGACGGUCGCUCAGCACUCGAGAAAGAUCCAUCAUGACCACAAAGAGGAGCAAGUCAUUGUGCUAACUAAUCUGGUCAGUCUCUCUCGUAGAUUGAACAGCUUGUAAUUGAACAUGACUCAGGUGGCACCGUUCGUGAUGAUCAAAAGAGAAUGCGUCGAAAUGUCGAAUCUGACAGAAUGCGAGGGAAACAACAAGUUUGAGGGCUACUGCAUUGAUCUGCUGAAGCUUUUGGCGGACAAGAUCGAAGGAUUCAACUAUGCCAUCAAACUGGGAACCAAGGUACGGAUCAUGACAGUCACUUUUAGGUCUGUAACCACAACUGCAGGCCGGAUCGAAGCAACCUGACGGCAGUUGGGAUGGAAUGAUCGGAGAGUUACUGAACGGAAAUGCGCACGCGGUGGUCGCCUCGCUCACGAUCAAUCAGGAAAGAGAACGAGUGGUCGACUUUUCGAAGCCGUUCAUGACCACCGGAAUAUCGAUUAUGAUAAAGAAGCCGGACAAGCAAGAGUUCUCCGUUUUCUCUUUCAUGCAACCGCUUAGCACAGAGAUUUGGAUGUAUAUCAUUUUCGCCUAUAUCGGGGUAGGUUCAUUAUCAAUGGCACUUCAUACUUCCUCUUCUGCUCUUGGCCGCCGUCUUCUUCACCUUCGCGGGCGUCGCUUUCCUAUCCUUGGUGGCCUUCAGCUUCUUCUUCGUAUUUUUCUCUUCCGCGCUCGACGUCGGCGAGGUUUUGGAAGAGCUACGAGCGGCCUGAAGACGGCGAGCCUGGAGACGGGUCAGCGGUCCCUUGCGCUCGGGCUCCACAGAUCUUUUCGAUCUGAAACAUUUAAGAGUUGAAGCUAGGACAAGACAGAAUGGGUCGAUUACCUGGAAGAUCUAGCGCUUCUGGAGCGAUGAAUGCUCCGACUGCGGCUUCUCGAACGAUUCGAAGUAGCGGCCGCUUCUGGAGCGUGGCUCCUCUUCUUCCGAUCCUUCGUCGUUGUUCUCAUCGCUUCCGAUCGAUUCGAGUAGUUGCACAAGUAGACUGUAUCGAAAACUGAGCUUCUCCUCCGCUUAUUCAACCUUUUAUGCCGAAUUUGACCCAAUGACCUCUAGAGAUAAAGAUUUUUGGAGCAGGCUACGGAAAAAGCGCACGCUUCAAUUGAAAUUCGACAAUAUUUUCAGGUAUCGGUUGUGAUCUUCCUGGUCUCCAGAUUCUCUCCGUACGAAUGGAGAGUCGAAGAGACUUCACGGGGAGGAUUCACAAUCUCCAAUGACUUUUCGGUGUACAACUGCCUCUGGUUCACCCUCGCUGCAUUCAUGCAACAGGGAACGGACAUCUUACCGAGGUAAACGACUACAGUAAUCUUCUGAAUGGAGCAAACUUUAUCACAGAUCCAUCUCCGGUCGGAUAGCCUCUUCCGCGUGGUGGUUCUUCACCAUGAUCAUCGUCUCUUCGUACACCGCCAAUCUGGCCGCUUUCCUGACCCUUGAAAAGAUGCAGGCGCCCAUCGAAAGUGUGGAGGACCUGGCGAAACAGACGAAGAUCAAGUACGGAAUCCAGGGAGGAGGCUCGACGGCUUCCUUCUUCCAGGUAACAUUCCCUUCAGACUCUCUUGUGCCGACUCAACAAUUACAGUUCUCUUCCGUUCAAAUCUAUCAAAGAAUGUGGCGAUACAUGGAAUCGCAAGUGCCGCCCGUGUUCGUUUCCAGUUAUGCGGAAGGGAUUGAGAGGGUGAGAAGUCACAAGGGAAGGUACGCGUUCCUUCUCGAGGCGACCGCUAAUGAGUACGAGAACACCAGGAAACCAUGCGAUACUAUGAAAGUUGGUGAGUUUGCAGAAGUAGUGUGAAGCGUAAGAAGUCAUGUGACAUGCUCCAGGAGCCAAUCUGAACAGCAUCGGCUACGGCAUCGCCACUCCGUUCGGUUCUGACUGGAAGGAUCACAUCAACCUGGCCAUCCUAGCCCUCCAGGAGAGGGGAGAGCUCAAAAAGCUGGAGAACAAGUGGUGGUACGACCGCGGGCAAUGCGACGCCGGAAUCACCGUCGACGGCUCUUCCGCCAGUCUGAAUCUCUCCAAAGUCGCCGGAAUAUUCUACAUUCUGAUGGGCGGAAUGGUCAUUUCAAUGUUGGCUGCUCUCGGAGAGUUCUUGUACAGGAGUAGGAUCGAGGCGCGGAAGAGCAACUCGAAUUCACUGGUGGCCAACUUUGCGGUGAGUCUGGAGCAGGCAAAUUGCUCAGUUCAUCACGGGUUUUCAGAAGAACCUGAAGAGUGCCUUGUCUUCUCAGCUGAGACUGUCGAUCGAGGGCGGGGCGUUGGCUCAGCCGGGCUCCCAGUCACACAAUGCGAUCAGAAGGCAGCAGGUCAUUCGGUCCCUUAAAAGUUCUCCUCGGUAUUAUCUCUUCUCUUCCAGGUUGCCGCUUUCCUUCCAGCCAACGAAAAAGACUUUCAAAACCCGGACCGUCCGGCCAGCACUCUCUACAAUACUGCCGUCUAA